AUGUAUUCAAGUGGUGUAAGACCAUAUAAAAUAUUACAAAAGGUGAAAGUAAAUGAAAACAAGGAUAAGCACAAAAAAGAACCCAGUGAAGCAAGCAAAGAACCAACAAAACGCGAAGAUUAUAGUAAAAAAAACACGAGUGAAAGGAAAAAAAAAUAUGAAGACAUAAAAUAUUAUGAAUGCAAUAGAAAAUUUAUUAAUUCAAAAAAACAAGAAGCAGAAGGACAUGAUAAAAUAACAAAGAAUAAAACAAAUUAUAAUAUAAACAGUAAUAGCUAUUCUGAAAAAUAUAACAAAGAACAUUUAAGACAUGAUGAAAAAUCGAGAAAUGAAAAUUUAUUAAAACAAAAAGAAAAUAUAUUGAUAAGUUUACUAAAAAAGGAACAAUCUUGUGUAAAUAAAAAAAAAAUUAUCAUACGACAUUUACCACCAACUUUAAGUGAAGACAAUUUUUUCGAUUCUUUCUCUACUAACCUCAAAGAUGAAUUAGAUUAUUAUUAUUAUGUUAAUGGAUCUAUACCAAAGAAUCCAGCUGAUGAUAUAAUAUAUUCACGAAUGUAUUUAUCCUUUAAGGAUGAUUUGAAAACAAAAGAAUUCAUCAAAACACAGCAUGGAAAAUUCUUUUAUGAUUUAAAUGGUGUGAAAUACAAAGCUCUUGUGUCAUUCGCACCUUAUCAAACAUUAAUACAUAAAAACAAAUCGGAUGAUAUGAAUAAUACCUUAGAAUCAGAUGACUAUUUUUUAAAAUUCUGUGAAGAAAUGAACAACCAAGAAGAAUCUGUUAAGAGGGAUGCUAAAAUGAUGUGA